UGGAUGCAUUGAGUGAGAGAGGGAGAUCAAUGCAUCAUCUUGUGAGGGAGAGAGCCGAAGAGCAGGGGGUGGCUGUGAGCUCACUCUCUCCUUCCACCCACCUGCCGGCAAUCUCAUCCUCAACAAAUUCCCAUUUCUGCGCUCAUUUUAUACACUCUUUUAUGGUUCUAUACGACUGACUCACACCAAGAACUUGACAGUGUCUGCAUGCGCUCUGUGAACUAUGGAAUCUGUCUCAAGCUCGAAAUUUGGAUGCUAUUUGAGAGUGUCUCUGGGCCUACACCCCAAUUCCAUGCAUGAAGCUGAGUAUUCCCCUCUCUUCUCACAGUUGGAGCUUGACAUAUACACUGCUCGUUGACUCGAUCCUGGCAUUAGAACAACACCGUCUACAUCCCCCAGCCUUCAGAACCCUCCCCUUUCUGCCCAUUUCGAGCUGCCAACCCCCCCUGAUCUUCUAGACAGUGAUCCCAGUCCAUUCCUUCGAAUUCUGGCCGCCCAUUUGCUACAAAAUCCCCUGCCCCAUACCCUGCAAGCUGCGAAUGCCUCUUUGCUUCAGAUGCACGCUUAUUCGGGUUUCCCUCCUUCUCUCAUUGGGCGCUCAAAUCCUGCGAUUUAAUCGCAC